AUCAUAAUUAUCAUCACCACCACCCCUCCAUUCUCAACUGUUGUCCAAACUGUCACUAUUUUUUUUUAAGUCUGCAGCCUUCUCAAUCUCAUUGACCACCAAAAAAUUUCUCACAAUAUUUGUCUCUACUUCUCAGAAAUCAACCCAAUUGAAUUAACAAUCUUACACGAGCUUUCCAUCAAAUGCUUCUCCAAACUCAGUCUCUCACAACCCAUGUGGCUCUUCCAUUCACUCCUUCAAAACCAAUUCCCAAAACCCAAUUCUUCACUCCUUCAAAGCAAAAUCCGUUUCUCAAAACUCAGUGGAGAACACUAAAAUGCUCGCUUUCGACUGUUUCAGAGCCGACCCACUUGGAGAAGAAGACCCAUAAGCCGUUUCCGGCUGAGGUUUCAAGGACUAUUAUGGAGUUGGUGUCUGUGGGCACGCUUUCUACUUUGACCCAAGAAGGUUGGCCUUUGGGUAUUGGCGUUCGCUUCGCUGUUGACCCAGAAGGCACUCCAGUCUUGUGCUUGAAUGCCUCUAAUCGGCAGUUCUCCAUUGACAGGAGGUCUAGCUUCCAUGUCCAGUUAGAGCAAUGUGGGCUGCGGACGCCUCAAUGCACGAUAUUAGGUAGCAUUGACAAACCAGAAGACAGGAAGAUGUUGAAGUACCUUCAUUCAGUAUGGACAAAGAGGUUUGGAGAAGAAGUCGACGAAGAUCUUAUAUAUGUUGUUUCUGUGGAACGGGUACUUCAGUUGGAGGACUUUAAAGAGGGUGGUGUAUGGGUUACAUCUUCAGAUUAUAAAAAUGCACAACCUGAUCCUCUUCGGGACUCUGCGGAAAACCUAGUGAAUGAGAUAAACACCAACAACAUUGAAGAUAUUAACCGUUUCUGCAACAUCUAUGCUGAUUUGAAAUUCCAGGUUUCUGAAGCAAAAUUGAUUUGGAUUGAUCGGUUAGGCUUUGACCUGCGUCUUUGGUCUCCUCAGGAAGGUAUAUUCGAGGUUCGCAUUCCCUUUCCCAGGGAUGUGAUCGACGAGAAGGGUGCAAAAUCAACAUUUAAUUGUAUGUCUCAAUUAGCUUGGGAGGUGGAAAAGAAUUUCUAUGCCCCAGAUUUUGAAAGAGUGAAACAAGUUAAGCAGAUAGCAUACAAGGGAGAGUAAACUUUGUGUGUGCUGUGUUUAUAAAAUGUAUUGAUAUGCUUCCUUUAGCUGCAAAAGAGGCAACUUGGUUGAGCUUGUUACUUUGUACAAGGCUUUUAAUAUGCCCUUAUUACUAACUUUCAGAGAUGUCACAAUUUUGAGAUUGUAUUUGAGUUCCAUAUAAUUUGAGAAAUAAAUUUUAAUCCUUUUUAUGGCAAA